ACAUGGAAAAAGCAACCGAUUCGUUUCAAAUAUACCUUGGGAUGUUGAAAUCGAUCGUGUCACACACGUUAAAGAUCUUGGAGUCAUACUGGAUAACCAACUCACUUUCAAGCAACACGUCUCGUUCAUCGUCGGUAAAGCAUCACAAACACUGGGCCUCAUCAUGCGUAUAGCUUCACUUCACCGACGUAUAUUGCCUAAAGUCGUUAUACUGCGCACAUUUAUGCCCAAUCAUCGAGUUGCAAGACCAUCUAAAAUCGCUGUUCAAGAGUCCUUCGAAACAUUAACCGUCAUUGCAGUACCUUCCAAAUUCGUUCCAUUUUUCUACCAAGAGUCGAUAGAAGCACCCAUUUCUGAAACGAUCGUUACCACUUACAACGCACCUUUGUCAGACGAUAAUGAAAUUCUUACACAACUUAAGGAGAAAUAUAAAGAAACAAGAGACAGCAAUGAGCGAUACAGGAUUUUAACCACACUUCCCAAAAGUAGGACUACAUAUAGAAUAAUGCAGAUGUUCAAUGUUUCUCAAUAUAUGGCCAACAAGGCAAAAGCAUUGCAGAAAGAGAAAGGAAUAAUGGUGGUGUCUGAAAAGAGUUUAAGCUCUGCGGCAAUAGGAAAAGAAACGGUAACAUGUGUUACGAAUUUUUAUAAUAGUGACGAUGUGAGCCGCGUCUGUGCAGGGAAAAGGGAUUAUUUAAUAUCUAACAAUGAAGAAGGUAAAAUUUACGUACAGAGAAGAUUAGUUUUGUGUAAUUUGCAGGAGGCGUAUUCUAUCUUCAAAAAUACUUAUCCUGAUAUUAAAAUAGGAUUUUCCAGGGGGUGAGUCGCUUAGCACAAAUCGAAUUGUGCUCACAAACAAACAGCGUGGUAGCUUGUGCCGCAAUGUGCCACGAUGUGCCACGCUGUGCCAUGGUGUUCAGUAAAACAAAAGCAAUGGUUACUAUGAUUAUUCAACAACACUUUGUUGACAGUUUUUGAGUUGUCAAAAGUGUGCCACAUUGUGCCACACAUUGUGGUAACGAGUGAAAUGAUCGUGUAUUACUGUGAAUCGCAAUUUUAUACCGUGUUCUUUCACUAGAUAGACUCACACUUGCGCGGAUAUGCGUAGCGCAGUUCACUCCGAAAUUCUUUCGGUGUAUUUUCGGUGUAACUUUACCAGACUUUUCACUAGCAGGUAGCCCACGGCUACCGCCACGAGAACACAUAGGGCGGUAAGCUUGAAGCUAGUUAGGUGAUACAGUGUGUAUGGCACACUGUUCUAAGCGACUCACCCCUUGGGAUUUUCCAUGUUCGCUAAUAAUCGUCCAAAACACUGCAUUUUGGCAAGGACAAGUGGCACGCAUACCGUAUGCGUAUGUAUAUAUCAUCAAAACAUUAAACUUAUUUUCAAAACAUUACAAAGCAGUAAAUCACUUCCAGAUGGUGUUAACUCCUAUCAUGAUUUGUUUCCAAAAAUAAUUUGUGAAAAUUCGAGCGAACAAUGUUGGUUGCAGUGUUGCGGAAACUGCCCUGGAACGCAAAUUUUAGCGACAGAACUAAUGAGUAUUCUUAGUAACGGAAAUAUUGAAUCACUAAAAUUCAAACAAUGGCGUCCAUUAGAAAGAUGCAUUAUGGAGUUAGUUGAAACGGACACACAAGAAUUUAUUGAUACUUUUCUAGAAAAAUUAUUCAAUAUAUUGCCGCAUAACUUUAUAGCUGAGCAACAAGCAAACUACUUGAAACACAUCAAAAGCAAUUUGAAAGCUACAGAAUGCAUCAUUAUAUGUGAUUUUUCGGACAAUUAUUCUUUCGUUGUGCAGGAUGCAGUUCAAGGCUUCUAUUGGGUAAACACUCAAUGUACUAUUCACCCUUGUGCUAUUUAUUUUAAAGACGAAGAAUCGGACGAUUUGAAGUUUACUAGUUUUAUUGCAAUUGCGGACUUCACUAAAAAUAAUCAUGUCGCAGCUCGUUUAUCUUUGACUCAUUGUUUAGCGUUCAUAAAAGUUAAAUUGCCAGGCUUACAACAGAUUUACU